AAGCGGAGAAGCAGAAGGUUGUGUUGUGGUCAGCAGUCCAGUCCUCUGCGGAUACAGUGUUGCUGGAGGAACAGAAACGAGGUGAAUUGUUGAAGAAAUGAAUGAUGCCCUGUGUCAAGUCUUGGUUCACUUUCCUAUACAGCUCGUAUGUACCUCUGUAAACACAUCAGAACAUUCCACCAAGAGGAAAGAUUUGCUAAAAGAGGUGUCCAUAAGAAGCUCCAGUACUCCGCAAACAUCAUCUAGUGACCUCCACACCAACACAUCUCGCAUACAAACACAGAAAUGCAGCAAGGAGAGAAUUCACUGCUGCUCAGAGUGUGGAAAGAGUUUUAAUCACCAAAGCCAUCUCCAACGACACCAGCUCAUUCACACAGGAGAGAAGCCGUAUCACUGCUCAGAGUGUGGGAAGAGGUUUAAUCAACAGAGUACUCUCAAAACACACCAGCACAUUCACACAGGAGAGAAGCGGUAUCACUGUUCAGAAUGUGGGAAGAGUUUUAAUCGACAGAGUCAUCUCCAAGAACAUGAACGCAUUCACAAAGGAGAGAAGCCGUAUCACUGCUUAGAGUGUGGAAAAAAUUUUAGUCGUCAGAGUCAUCUCCAUCAACAUCAGCGCAUUCACAGAGGAGAGAAGCCGUAUCACUGCUCAGAAUGUGGGAAGAGUUUUACUCUACAGAGUAAUUACCAACAACACCAGAGCAUUCAUAGAGGAGAGAAACCAUAUUACUGCUCAGAGUGUGGGAAGAGUUUUAAUCGUCAGAGUCAUCUCCAACAACACCAGCGCAUUCACACAGGAGUUAAACCAUAUCAUUGCUCAGAGUGUGGAAAGAAUUUUGUUGUGCAUAGUUCCCUCCAACAGCACCAGCGCAUUCACAGAGGAGAGAAGCCAUAUUACUGCUCAGAGUGUGGGAAGAGCUUUACUAUACAGAGUACUCUCAAAAAACACCAGCUCACUCACACAAGUGAGAAACCGCAUCACUGCUCAGAGUGUGGAAAGAGCUUUACUCAACAGAGUAAUCUCCAACGACACCAGCUCAUUCAUACAGGAGAGAAGCCAUAUCACUGCUCAGAGUGUGGGAAGAGUUUCAGACAUUCAAAGACUGUGAUAACACACAAAUGCAUAAGAGCAGUGGUUGAAAUAGGCAGUAAUGAAUGUAACCAUUACACAUUCCAAGAGUAAAAGUCUAGCGAACAGUGCUUCCAGCGCAAAUUUUAAAAAUCCAGAUAACUUUUUUUUUUUUGAGGGGAAAACCACUUAUUAUUGUUAUGCUAGUUUUAUAGCAUGUGCAUAAAAUUACAUAAGUUCCUGUGCUAAACACCAAAUCAAACCUACAGCCCACACAUCCAGUGCAAAGUGUUGUAAUUCAUAUUCCCCUCUAACCCAGUUUUCAGAGUGAAUUUCAUUUAUAAUAUAAGGUGAAAAUAAUCUUUACAUACAGAAACUUUACAUUCAAUAUGUGGUUGUUCACUUUCUAAUGUAGCAUAUCUUAACUAGUAUAGUGUUUCUGUUGCAAUGAUGGAUGUUUUGACAAACAUUCAACACUGUGGUUGGCUUCUUGAAGCCCUUUUUGCUUUUUUGAUUCCUACGUGAUAACUAGUUAAUGCUUGUUGCAAAAUGUUAAUGUUCAUUGAUGGUGCCACUUUAUCUUCCAUUUUAAAACUGAGAUGUUUUCUGUAUGCUUUAAAGGACCUUUCAUCUUGUAUUAUGAUUCACUCAUUUCCUUCAUGAUUGAUGUAUUCUUUUGUAGUUUGCGGUAUUAAUCUGUGUGAUUAUUUUUAUGUUUUUUCCUUGUAAGACAUGAAUUCUUCAUCUAAAUGAGAAUGGCUCCUAUCUCUCCACUUCAUAUGAUCAUUGUUUAUCUUCACAAGAACUGGUGACUCUAAAGCCUUGCCAACUAGCCUGGUGUGCCACUAAAACGAUAACAUCAGCAGACAGUUAGUACAUAGAUUAGUAAAGCAAAUUCUUGUGUUGUAAUAUGUUAAAAGUGUUGUUAUAGCAUGGUAUAGUAUGGUUAUAGCAUUAUUUUCAUGCAUAUUUGAAAGGUAGAGGACAAGCUAAGGACAAGUUCAGCUUUCUUUGACCUGUUUUUGUCUGGUAGUUUUCUGAAUAAAUGGUACUGACAUUUUUGGACUGUUUAUUUUGGCCUACUAUGAUUCUUACAGCUUCUGUUCAUUUAUUUUUAAAAUGGAUUAUAAUCUUAAUUUAUGAACUUUGGGCCUCAUUGACUAAUAUCUUCCUAAGUUUUUUCUUAAAUGUGUUAUUAGAAGGGUUCAUUUAAAAAAAGUCUGUCCACACCAUUGUGCUUGUGAGUGUAUGUAGAUUCAGUUUUUACCCUAUAACAAAUCCCAAAUAAAAGAAAAAAUCAUUGGUGAAUGUCA